UGUAUGGCCUGUGGAUUGGUUUCAGGAUUAUGCACAUCUCUUAGCGCAGAGUCUUGUUUCCAGGUCGCUUGAGUUGUGUAAGAUAGCAACCUGUUCUGGAUGUGGCCAUUGUAAUAAGUGUUGGGUCGGUAGGGUUUAGUAAGGGACCUAUGUUUGGGGGUCUUGAGCUGGAUGGGCUUAUAUCUAUCUGUCUGUGGUUGUUCCAAACCUUCUAUAAUUCAAUAGUAGUAUCAGAUGGUCAAAUAAAAAUAAUACUUUAAACAUUUACACAUUUCCGUGGUGUGUCUUGAAUGAUUGCUGAAAAAAUUAAACAUAAAAAUUUCUUAUAACUUUUGAUUUGUUCUCAUAUGUUUAAGUUUCCAACCUACUUACGACUCUAAUUGAUUUAAUCACAUUUUAUCACCGAACCAAUUAUUGAGACAAUAAGCUAGUAGGUAGGUGUAACAAAUCCACAAAAAACAUUAUAUAAAAUCAACUAUCCAUCUACUACUUCUAUCAAACGACCAAUGGAUUCAGAUCAGGAACUCGCAUACGACUACUCUCCAAGGUUCCGUGUCUACAAGAACGGCCAAAUCCAACGCCUUGUCACAGAAACCUUCGUCCCAUCUUCACUAACCCCUCAAAACGGCGUCGUUUCCAAAGACGCCGUCUACUCACCGGAGAAAAACCUCUCCCUCCGAAUCUACCUCCCUCACCAAACCCUCGAGACCAGUGAAGCGAACAAGAAGAAGAAAAAACUCCCACUCCUCAUCUACUUUCACGGUGGAGCCUUCAUCAUGGAAACCGCUUUCUCCCCGGCUUACAACACUUUCCUCACAUCAACCGUUUCAGCCGCCGGCUGCAUCGCCUUCUCGGUGGAUUACCGCCGUGCACCCGAGCAUCCCAUUCCCAUCCCGUACGAAGACUCCUGGGACGCGGUCAAAUGGAUAUUCACUCACGUCGCCGGUUCUGGACCGGAAGAUUUGGUGAACGAUCACGCCGACUUCAGGAGAGUGUUCGUCGCCGGAGACAGCGCCGGAGCAAACAUCGCGCAUCAUAUGGCGAUCAGAGCCGGUGAAGAGAACGGUAGUAUCAAGAUCUCGGGGAUGACUCUGUUUCAUCCGUUUUUCUUUUCGAAAGCUAUCCUCGAGGAGCAGGAAGAUGGGGUGAGGAGAUACAUGGAAGGGAUUUGGGAGAUUGUGUGUCCGAAUAGCGAGAAGGGAGUGGAGGAUCCGUGGAUCAACGUGGUCGGGUCGGAUCUUUCUGGAUUGGAGUGUAGGCGGGUUUUGGUGAUGGUGGCGGGAAAGGAUUUACUUGCUAGGGAAGGUAGGGUUUACGCGGAGAAGCUGGAGGAGUGUGGAUGGGGAGGAAGAGUUGAAGUGGUGGAGACUGAGGAUGAAGAUCAUGUCUUCCAUAUUAGGAUUCCUGAUUCUGAUAAUGCUCGUUUACUUGUUCAGAGGUUUGCAGAGUUUUUGAGACAAGUUUGUUGUGACGACAACGUUUAAAUUUGUUGCUUGUAAAGCAAGCAUAUUUCAAAUGGAUCUACAAAACUCAGAAGUGUAAGAAAUGUGAAAAGUGUAGCGUUAAAGAAGAAAUUCAAGAGACCUAAUUGUUUAUCCCUCAAACAUUAACUAUAUAAUCAACAGUUCCAAGCUCCAAGACAAAAAAAACUUGUGGACUUAUAUCAUCUUUUCCAGUGAGUUUAAGUAUGAUAUGAUGUUGGAAACUGUAAUAGUAAGAUGCUGGUUAAAGAAAAGCUAGGAACAUCAACACAGCUUUGCCUUAUUGGUUGUAAUGGGACUCAAAUAAUACUAGUGGGGUUGAGUGGUAUUGACUAUGAUGGAUAAGCUUAGACCCAACACAAGUCCUGGUAACUGAUUAUUUCAUUUAAUUAAAAGAAAUAAUAUAUUU